AUGUUUAACGCAAGUGGAUCAUAUCUUGAACCUUUAUCUAAUGAAUUAUUACUUGAAAUUGUGGAAUAUUUGGAUGUUUAUGAACUUUUCACAGCAUUUUAUGGAUUAAAUCAUCGUUUUAAUGAUCUUAUACGACAAUGUUAUUUACAUGUUCGUUUUGAUCCAUCAAGAAAAAGCAUAGAAACUCGGAAUUUAAUAACAUCUACUAUAGAUUCUUCACAUUUUCUAAUAUUUCUACUAUUUUUUUUCAAUCUUCAUCGUAUUGCAAUUGAAGAAUUUUAUUGGAGAGAAGAUAUUAUUGAAUUUUUACAAAAUAAUAUACUAAAUCUUCAAUCAUUAUACAUUCAUACUUAUUCAUCUAUAUUAUAUCAACAAUCAUUAUCAAAAUAUGUUUUAAAAAAUGUUUUUAAACUUGAUAUGAAUAUAAAUAUUCAUUCAAUUAAUAUCAAAUGUCUUGGACAUAUGUUUCCUUCUUUACAACGAUUAAGUAUUCAAUGGGAUACUUUUCGACAAUAUCCAUCGAUUGAUGGUUUUCAAUGGUAA